CUGGAGUAUUUGACGUUAUCAAACACAUUUAUGUGGAUGCAGCUUGCAAUAUUUCUCCAUAUUUACAAAUAUCGUCACAAGUUAAAAGAUGCCUAUGCGAAAGACUUUUGGGAUGGCGCGAGAAAAACGUUAGCAGCAUUAUGGGAUGCUCAGGGUUGGAUUUGGCAUGGUUAUGAAAUCCAUGGCUUUGAGAAUAUACCUGAUGAAGGCCCAGCAUUGAUAAUCUACUACCAUGGUGCCCUACCUGUUGACUACUAUUACGUGCUAGCCAAGUGUAUUCUGUACAAACAUAGGAAGAUCAGAGCUGUUGGUGACAGGUUCCUCUGGAAGAUCCCUGGCUUUAAGUUGUUGUUAGAGGUGUUCCAUGUGUCAGAGGGUAGCAUACAAAACAGUGUUGAGCUGAUGAAGCAGGGUAACCUCAUGGCUAUAGCACCUGGGGGUGUAAGAGAGGCUUUUUUCAGUGAUGAGAAUUAUGGGCUCCUCUGGGGAAAGAGGGUUGGCUUUGCUAAGAUAGCAAUGGAGGCCAAAGUACCAGUCAUUCCUAUGUUUACACAGAACUGCAGAGAAGCAUUUAGAUCACUAGGAUUAUUUAAAGGCUGGUUGAGGAAGUUAUAUGAGAAAACCAGACUACCUCUUGUCCCUCUUUAUGGAGGAUUUCCUGUUAAAUUAAAAACAUUUAUAGGUAAACCCAUCCAUCAUGAGGCAAACACAACUCCAGAGCAGUUUGCUCAAAAGAUCCAGAUUGCUGUACAAGAUCUGAUCAAGACUCACCAACUGAUUCCGGGGAAUAUACUACGUGCCAUGUAUGAACGCUUUUCCUGAUGCAUCACUCACUAGGACACAGUGAUGCUAGAGUUAAGGGAUAUACUGUAUAUCCGUCUAUAUCCUCAUGCUACCAAGAUAGAACUAUAGAAGGAUUGUCAACAGGAACUCUAUGGUUGACAGCAAUACCUAAAGAUCAUUAUUUUU